AUGUCGAUGUUCAAUCCCCACAUGUCCGUCCUCGAGGCGUCUAUGCAGGUCGGCGAGGGCUCCUGGCCCAAAGCUUCCUCCCACCCACCGACCCUCCGCCCGGCGCACAUCCUCCUCUCCUCCUCCAAUCUCAUACAUCCCAACGCUGAGCCGGUCGACCCAAAGAUCUACGGCGGGUUCCUAGAGCAUCUCGGACGAUGUAUAUACGGCGGGUUGGUCGAUGAUCCCAAGGACCCGAGCCCGGCUGGGGUAUUGGAGGAUAAGAAGGAGGCGGGCGUCUUGGGAGAGGGAGAAUUGGCGUUCAGGAAGGACGUGAUGGCUGUGUUGGGGAAGGAGGGGGAGUUGGAGAUCCCUCUGCUGCGGUGGCCUGGAGGCAACUUCGUCUCCAAUUAUCACUGGCAGGACGGAGUCGGACCUUUCGCUGAUCGGCCCAAACGAGUCGAGCUGGCCUGGCAUGGGGUUGAGUCCAACCUCUUCGGCACAGACGAGUUCAUCCGAUACUGUCGCGAGACGGGCUGCGAGCCGUACAUCUGCCUUAACAUGGGCACGGGCUCGUACGAGGAAGCGCUGGCUUGGCUAGAGUACUGCAACGGGACGGAGGACACAACUUGGGCCAACCUCAGACGAAAGCAUACCGGUGUCGAUGAGCCGCACAAUGUCAAGUAUUGGGGUCUGGGCAAUGAGAUGUUUGGGCCGUGGCAAAUCGGCUACCUCAACCCGACGGCCUACAGCGUCAAAGCGAAGAUGUGGGCUCACGGGCUGAAGCUGCUCGAUCCGACGAUUCUGCUUGUCUCUUGUGGGUGUACCGGCGCGACAGACUGGGAUCGAGAGGUCUUGGCUACCCUUCUACCUUUCGUUGAUAUGCACUCGAUCCACAACUAUACCAUGUUCGGGCAUAAUCCCGAUAUAGCGUACGAAUCCAACGUGUUCAGUCCUGCCGGCUCGGAGCGGCAAAUAGAGAUUUGUAAAGCCCUGAUCGACCUGACGAACCAUGAUCGCAGCCAGCAGAAGGUGCCCGCACGGAAUGUCAAGAUCGCAUUCGACGAGUGGAACGUAUGGGAUGAGAAGAAAGCCACAUCCAAAAACGGCUUGACGCAAGUAUACGACUAUGCCGAUGCACUGGGAUUCAUCGCCUGGCUGAACGUCUUGGUCCGCCAACACAAGGAUCUGGGACUUGCUUGUCUUGCGCAGUCUGUCAAUGUGCUCUCGCCGUUGCUCACCACCGCCGAUAAGGUGCUCCGGCAAACAACAUUCUACCCCCUCCAAUUAUUCAGCAAGUACAUGAAAGGCGGCCAGCUUCUCCAGCUACCGAGCUUCCCUGAUAGAUACAUCGGCCCAACAUCGCCUGUUUGGAUCCAGCAGAACGAGCUGCAGCCGGCUUAUAUUGAUGCGGUGGCGAUGAUAAUAGACGAUAGUAGUAUCCGGAUCAGUAUACUCAAUCGGCAUCCCUCGGCGGACUGGAAGGCAAAGUUCAGCUUCGCCGACUUCGAGGUCUCCAAGCUUGAUAUUCAUGAGCUGUACUCUGACAAUAUGGGAGCCGCGAACACCUUCGAAAAGCCAGACUUGGUGGUUCCGAGCGUCAAAUCCCAUGACGCUGCUGCCUGGUCGAAAAUGGCGGAAGAAGGUAUCGUAGUCCGUAAACAUUCGUGGAUAUUGAUGAUGUUCCAAGGCAAAGAGAGGGGCCAGUAA